UUGUUAUUGAAUAUGAAAUAAGUCAAACAUUGAGCUAAAUAUCUAAUGUGAUAAUAUUAUUGUAUUAUAUCAUAUGAUUAACUAAUAUGAAUAAGGUAAAACAAGGAAAUUUUGUUACUUUAUAUAAAUGUCGUGUGUGUUUAGACGAUGUUGAAAGACUGUAUCCUUUGGAAGGGCCAAUUGCAAAUUGUGAUGUAGAUAUUGCUACUAUGAUUACUUACUGCACUUCUAUAGAGAUUGAUUUAAAUGAUGAUUUACCUCAUGGAGUUUGUGUACCAUGCUUCAGAACUAUAAGGAUAGCAUACAAUUUUAUUCUACAAUUUAGAGAAAAUAAUCUUCAGUUACUUAAAGAAAAAUCUUCCUUAGCAUCAGUAAAUGAAGAUGAAUAUGAUUAUGAGGAAAAUGAUUAUGAAACUCAAGUGGUUGAUACUGAAGGUAACCCAGAUGAAAUUGAAUUAUAUUGUGAACCACUUAAUAGUGAUGAUGACUCAAAAUCCUUUCUUGAAUCAACGGAGAUACAUUUAGAAGCCAUUAACUAUGAUGUUUCUGGAGAUCAGGAAUUAACAGAACAAAAUUUAGUGGAAUAUGAUCAACAGGAGGUAGAGAUGGAAAAUAUGAAUUUUUUAGUUGAUAGUUUAGAAACAAUUCCAGAUACAUCUACAAAUAUCCAAAAUGCCACCACUAUUAAGACAAUUAAAACAUCUAUGUCUUCUGAUAUUAAGCAACCCCAAACAGCAACUAGAAGAAAAAUCAAAGUCCAGUUUGCUUGUCCUGUAUGUCCCAAAGCAUAUUUUGUAAAUUUUGAAACUGGAUUUGUUUCUCACAUGUCUUUACAUUCUGGACAAUUCCCUUGUAAUAUUUGUACAGAGAGUGAAACUUUAUAUACUUCUGAUUCUUUUCUUAAUCAUUUUAUGCAGUUUCACAGAUACCAAUGUCCUUAUUGUAGGAAGAGUUACAAUAAGGCAGGAACUUUGGGGGCUCACAUUAAGUUACAUUAUAAAAUAAGAUAUCAUUGUAGUCAUAACGGUUGCAACAAAUCAUUUCCCACUCAAUGGGGUCUUAAAAAACAUGUAGCUGUUCAUUCAGAUUCCUGUGCGUAUUCAUGUGCCGAAUGUAAUAAACAGUUUAAAACAUAUGACACUUAUAUGUACCAUCAGAAGAAACAUGGUGGUAGAAAGUUUCUUUGUAUGUGCUGUGGUAGAACAUUCCUCCAGUCGGUACAUUUGAAGUAUCACAUGCAACAACACACUGGGAUUAAACAGUUUAAAUGUAAUUUGUGUGUAAAGAGUUACACGUCUUCAUCUCAGCUUAAGAAACAUAAAAGACGACAUCAUCCCGAUCAAAUUGAAACAAGCGAGAUAAAGCCAUACAUUGUAGAUCUUUUGUAGAUACUUUGUGAAUUUUAUUUUAGGAUAAUGAUAA